AUUAGUGGUACAAAUACUACAAAUACCAUAUUUGACAUUAGCAAUUUGACUCAUUUUAAUUCUGAAUCUUGUAGCACCUUCUGGUUUAGACUGUGUCUUCAAACAGCUGUCAUCAGUGAACUGAUGAACUUCAGUCAGGCAGGACAUUUAUUUAGAAACAGAAUAAACCUCCGACAAACCAGCAUGAUGACACAAACAAAGACUGAAGAUGACACUCAAUGCACCCUUUCUCUCAGCUCCAAAAAACACCUACUGGAACAGUUACACUCUGAACAGCAAGAGGUUGAUGCCAUUAUACAGCCGCUGCUGGAGACUGAGGCUGGAUUCAUAAAGAAUCGUUUGUGUUUGUUUGUGUCAGUACAGAAUCUGGAUCACUACCUUACUCAAAGAGACACACUGGACCUGAGGAAGCGUAAGCUGUUGCAUAAACGCUGGACACAGAGUGUGUGGCUGCCAGUACAGCAGAGUAUUGAGCAACAUUUUACACACCAUGGCUAUACCGAGACACAGAAGAUGAGGAGCAUGCAUGCACACUAUAUCAACUACUGUAAUGCUAAGGGUUUUGUGUUUCUAGAGAGUUAUGAUCCUCUGGAGUACAACCCCUUUCAGCAUUAUUUCAACGCACCACAUUAUCGCAAAAUUUCCACCCCAGCACUGGAGGAUCCUCUGUCUUUUCAGUCACGAGCCAGGAUUAAGGAAAAGACAGCAAUACUUCGCUGCCAAACAGGUCACCUAUAUCGCCGUCAACAAGUGGAGGAACUUCUCCAGAGUCCACCUAUUUCCCAACAGAGCCGUAAACAGUCACAAGCCAAAGCCUCAAGAGAUACUGCCUCAGAGAGACUGUUUAGAUCAAGGAGCACAUGCACUCCACAUGUGGCUUCGGCAGACGGACGGUGCUUCCCCCCUCAGUGCUGGUCCUGUUGUUGUUGAUGAUAUUAUUCAUUAGGGCCUUAUGAACAUCAGUUUGUAUAGACACAUGGGUCUUCCAUUACUGAGAAUGGUGCUU